UAAAGGAGGAAGCCCCGCGGUCCGGGGGCUCAGUACCGUUCAAAGAUGCAGGCUGCUGAGAUGCUGUGUGGUACCAGGGUCUACCAUCUUGUGUUCCUAAUAUCUCUCGCUAUUGGUUAUGUCCAUUCUUAUCCACUUCAAAUAUUACCUAGCAUCCCAGGUUAUAUUCCAGUGUAUAUAAGACAUGGGGAUCAGCCUUUAGAAGAAAUAAAUCCCGCGUUAGCGGAAGCGUUUCACGAAGAACCGAACUUAUUAAAGGCCACCAACUUAGCUAAUGUUAACGGUCCCACAGAUAUUAGUUUAGAGGAAGAGGAAGCAAAUAAAAACAAUGUAGAGGCUAUACGCGUUAGAAAAGCGGAGAACAAUUUCCCCGCGGAAGACGAGAAAAGUAAAGAGCCAACGAAAAAGGCUGCCAAAGAAGAACCGUUAAAACUCGAAGCAACCGCGAAUACAGUAAAAAAGGUCGUUCCAGUAACAAAAGAACAAAAAGACUUUCCAAAAAAAGCUCAAAUUGAAAUAAAGGAACAAGCGGAAAAACACGGAUUCAAAUUAAGCCUCCCUGAGCUGUCUUCAGAGCAACUGAGUAAAGAGGAUAACCCACCAACCCAUAAUUCAGUUGUGAAAGCAGAUCAAGUUAUCGUCGAUAGGCUGACCGAGCCGAAUCCUCCUUUAAUUAAGGACAUCUCACAAUCUUCCACAAAAGAAGACAUUCCUGUGAUUACAAUUGUAGAUGAAAAAUUGCCUACGAAAGAGCUACCGCUUCCGAGCGUAUUAUCGAACGUUCAAAAAAUGACUGCUCCACCAGAAACAUUGCAUCAACUAGAAAUGGAGCGGACGGAGAAUCAAUUUUUAGAAGAGAAAUCAAAAUAAGCAAAUAUUCUGUCUAUAGUGAAACUUAUUUAUAGCAAUACGAAUGCUCUAGAAUUUUGUGAUACAUACUUGUUUAGUAGAUCGUACGAGUUAAUUUUUGAUUGCCAAGUAUUAAGAGUCAAAUUACUUUAUUAUAAGUUAUUGAUAUUAUUCUAUAUAAAGUAUUAUUAUAUACGUAGAAUAUAUAUUAUUGCACUGUAACGUUUCUCAAAUAUAAUACGGUAUUACAAUUUUAAGCAUGUAAUUUAUU